UCUCGUAUCUCCUCCCUCCAGACCCUAGCGUGAGAGCGGGCGUGCGAGCUAGCGAGAGAGAGAGAGAGAGAGCGAGGGAGUGGAGAUGGUGAAGUUUUUGAAGCAGAACAAGGCCGUGAUCAUCCUCCAGGGCCGAUUCGCGGGCCGGAAGGCGGUGAUCGUCCGGCCAUUCGACGACGGGACGCGCGACCGCCCCUAUGGCCACUGCCUCGUCGCCGGCCUCCUCAAGUACCCAAAGAAGGUUAUCCGCAAGGACUCGGCGAAGAAGACGGCCAAGAAGUCGCGUGUGAAGGUCUUCAUCAAGCUUGUGAACUACAACCACAUCAUGCCUACCCGGUACACCCUGGACGUCGAUCUGAAGGACGUCAUCACGCUCGACGCACUCCAGUCCCAUGAUAAGAAGGUCACCGCCGCGAAGGAGGCCAAGGCCCGCUUCGAGGACAGGUUCAAAUCCGGGAAGAACAGGUGGUUCUUCACCAAGCUCCGAUUCUGAAAUCGGCGGUUCAUUCCUUUCAGUCCUUUUCAUCUCAUUUGUUCUUUUUUGGUCGCGGUCUCUGACCCAAUAUGAGUUAAGACGAACGUUUCCGAACUCUUCAUUGUUUGUCUUUUAGGGUUUGGUGAUUACUGUUUAAGAUCUGAUAGUGUUCUUCUCCUAUAUCAUGAUGUCUAGAGAUUUUGAUUUUUGUUGUCCGGCUACUUCUAUUAAAUUGAAGCUUAGAUUUUGCUCAGUUAA